AUGGAAGAGGAAUAUGAGAGUAUAGCACUAGUCAAACCAGAGAUAUUCGUGUAUCGCAUUCCCCCCUUAGGUACCAAUCGAGGACAUAAAGCUGCAGACUGGAAGUUGGAUGCACCCGACUGGACGGGUCGAAUGAAGUUAGUAGCUAUCGGCAGACGUUUGGAACUUCGGCUGGAAGAUAAAACUACAGCUUUGUUGAGCCUCGGUUACUGCAUUUUGCAUGUUAAGAAGUGUCAUGUUUCUCAUUGCAUUUGCAACACUGCACAACAGUCGAAUUAG